AGGUUUUUUUCUCCCUGCAGCUCCGCGCGCGGAUGAAGCACCGGCCGCAGUCACGGACGCAGCAGCAUCCCGGGAAGAAGCUCCGCGCUGCCGCCGCCGCCGCCGUGGCUGCCUCCUCCUCCUCCUCCUCCGACACCAUGGGGGAAGAACCGCCUUCGCACCCGCGCGAACUGACGCAAAACCCUCUGAAGAAAAUUUGGAUGCCGUGUAAAAACGGCCUUCCCGAAAAGCACAUUUCUCAGAGAAAGGUCUGCAUGACCAACUGUCCUACCCUGAUUGUAACAGUGGGCCUUCCUGCCAGGGGAAAGACUUACAUUUCCAAGAAGCUGACCCGCUAUCUCAACUGGAUCGGUGUGCCCACCAAAGAGUUCAAUGUUGGCCAGUACAGGAGAGAGUGUGUGAAGACAUACAAAUCCUUUGAGUUCUUCAGCCCAGAUAACGAGGAGGGGUUAAAGAUAAGACGGCAGUGUGCAUCAGCAGCACUGAACGAUGUGCGACAGUACCUCACAGAAGAUGGGGGCCAAGUUGCGGUUUUUGAUGCAACAAACACCACCAGAGAAAGGCGAGACACCAUCAUCCAGUUUGCAGAGCAGAACGGCCUUAGGGUAUUCUUUGUGGAGUCGGUAUGUGAAGAUCCAGAUGUUAUACAGGGGAACAUAGUGCAAGUGAAGCUGGAUAGUCCCGACUACACAGACUGUAACACAGAGGAAGCAGUGGAAGACUUUAUGAAGAGAAUCAAGUGUUAUGAAAACUCCUACGAGACUCUGGAUGAAGUUCUGGAUAGGGAUCUCUCCUACCUUAAGAUCAUGGAUGUGGGUCAGCGCUACCUGGUAAACCGAGUGUUGGACCACAUCCAGAGCCGGAUCGUCUACUACCUCAUGAAUAUCCACAUCACACCACGCUCCAUAUACUUGUGCCGCCAUGGCGAGAGCGAACUGAACGUUAAGGGUUGCAUUGGAGGAGACUCUGGGCUUACGACCAGAGGAAAGGAGUUUGCCAAGUCACUGCGCCAUUUUAUCCAGACUCAGGGCAUCCCUGACCUGAAGGUUUGGACCAGUCAGAUGAAGAGAACCAUCCAAACGGCCGAGGCCCUCAGUGUUCCAUACGAACAGUGGAAAGUGCUGAAUGAGAUUGAUGCAGGUGUAUGUGAGGAGUUGACAUAUGAGGAGAUCCAGGAACACUAUCCUUUGGAGUUUGCGCUGAGGGACCAGGACAAAUACCGCUAUCGAUACCCCAAGGGAGAGUCAUACGAAGAUUUGGUGCAGCGGUUGGAGCCGGUCAUCAUGGAGCUGGAGAGGCAGGAGAACGUGUUGGUCAUCUGUCACCAGGCUGUAAUGCGCUGCCUGCUGGCCUAUUUCUUGGACAAAACUGCUGAGGAGCUGCCGUACCUGAACUGCCCACUGCACACUGUGCUGAAGCUAACACCGGUGGCCUAUGGCUGUAAGGUGGAGUGCAUCUACCUCAAUGUGGAAGCAGUCGAUACACACCGGAAAAAACCAGCGAACAUUGAUAUCCAUCGUUCCAAUGAAGAUGCAUUGCAGACCGUCCCUCCUCACUUCUGACAGGCCCCCACCACCACCACUCCAAGGCUGCUGGCUCCCCUCAGAUGAGACAGACUCUUGUGUUUUGUCUUUUCCAUUGCCUUUAAGAUCUGCACGGUCCGCUCUCACUGGUGACUGUCUGGAUGAUGAUCAGGUGUCCCCCCCCCCACCUUUCCAACUUGUAUCACAGGGUGUUUUUUUUAUGUUUGUGUGUGUGUGUGUGUUUUUAAGGGAUUUGGAAAGCUCACACUGAACCUUUAAUGAUGUUGGACAUCUGUAUUUAUAUAUGAAAGCUGUGACACUCAGUGUAUGAAGUCAGCUUUAUUUAUGAGGCACACUCCAGUUGGAAAUGCAAGGAUUUUACGCAGUUUGCAUUUUUGUGUAUCUGGAUGUUUCGGUGUCCAUAUCGUGUAGCCAAAUUGACUCUGAAGUGUUAACUGUAUGAUUCUCCCUCCAGUUAUGCUGUUUUUCUUUGAUAUGCUAAUAGUCAUUGUUUUGUGUGAAUGAGCCUUUUUAUGAUAAUGUGCAAUUUGAGGUUUUUAAAACCUAUUUAGAUUAUAAUGCUAUGAACAGUACAUAUUGUAACUGUUUAGCAACUUCAAUUUUAUAGUUAUGGGUACUGUAGAUGGUGUCUUUGGUUGUGUCCAGCAAAUGGAUCUUACCACAUGAGAAUUCAAAGUGUAGGCUCUUUGGAGUCACUCAUUGAAAUUGAAACAUAUUUUUCAUACUGUUUUCCUUUAUGUUCAAUGCAAACAAAUAAGAGGGCAUUUGACAUGCAAUAUUAGGUCCUUGGUGUUAAUAUGGGUCAUGACUUUACCAAAAUAUAUAAUAAAAAAUGUUACUUUUAUGCAC